UACGGGAGCGACCGCCAAGGCAGAGUUGCGUAAAACCGUCGUAUUCCUCGUGUUGUACGCAGCGCCAUGGCAGGCACUUCCGCGUCUUGGAAUUCCUUCGCCGUCAACGCGCCUCCGGCGGUGUUCUCCUCUGCCGCCGGCCGCGGUCGCCGAUCGUCCUUUGCGCUUUCCUCCCCCCGCCUCCUCAACUCCGCCAAAUCGACGAGCGGGCGGAGGCGCCAGUACCUCUCCUCCCCGGCCCCCUUCCUCCCCCGGGCUGCCGCAUACGACGACGAGUGGGGGAAGGAGAGAAGCGAGGAUCCGGAGGGAUCGGGGGUAGCUGUGGUGGAACCCCCGGAGGCGACGGAGCCGGACGAGACGGCCGAACUCAAGAAGAAGCUGAUCGAUCUGCUCUCUGGCACCGACAGGGGAUUGAAGGCGUCGAGCGAGACGAGGGCGGAGGUCGUGGAGCUCAUCACCCAGCUCGAGGCCAAGAACCCCACGCCCGCCCCCACCGAUGCCCUCUCCCUCCUCAACGGCAAGUGGAUCCUCGCCUAUACGUCGUUCUCGCAAUUGUUUCCACUUUUGGGAUCGGGGAGGCUGCAGCGGCUGGUGAAGGUGGAUGAGAUUUCUCAGACCAUCGAUUCGGAGAGCUUUACGGUGGUGAACUCGGUGAAGUUUGCAGGGCCUCUGGCCACCACUUCUCUCACCACUAAUGCCAAAUUUGAAAUCCGGAGUCCCAAAAGAGUGCAGAUUAAGUUUGAGGAAGGCAUAGUAGGAACCCCGCAGCUGACCGACGACAUCGUUGUACCUGACAAGGUGGAGUUCCUAGGGCAAAACAUUGAUCUAUCUCCGUUUAAGGGAGUCAUAACUUCCCUCCAGGAUGCGGCAUCUUCAGUCGUGAAGACCAUUGCCGGACGACCUCCACUUAAGAUCCCGAUCAACAACACCAAUGCACAGUCCUGGCUGCUCACCACCUAUCUCGACGAGGAGCUCAGAAUCUCAAGAGGCGAUGGGGGCAGCGUCUUCGUGCUUCUCAAGGAAGGUAGCCCUCUCCUGAACUGAGGAGGACUUCAUGUGGGUUUGUUUAGCUAACGUGUAGUGGUACACUAGUUGAAAUGUAUACAUCAUCUAGGGUUGCAUAGUUGUUAUAGAUGAUAAAUGUCAAUGAACUAUUUACUUUUUAUUUAAUACACAAUAAAUGGGAGCCGAAUUA